AUGGAGCAGGAAACAUUUGAUCUAGUCAUCGCCAAUGGCAUCGUAGUCAAUGCCAACGAAAAGAAGCAUGCCGAUGUUGCCAUUAAGGGAAACACAAUAGCCGCCAUUCGGGAGCGAGGUGGUUUCACAAAUGCUACUACGACGAGAACUAUCGAUGCAGAAGGCGGCUGGGUAAUGCCAGGCGGCAUAGAUGCUCACGUCCAUCUUCAAGAGCCACAGCUGUUUGGCAAAGGCUCUUGCGCAGACACCUUCGAGACCGGAACCAGAUCUGCAGUUUGUGGUGGGACUACAACAGUCAUUGCGUUCGCGCCUCAAUCGAAGGCCCAGAACAGUCUGCUUGCCGUCCUUGAGACGACCCAUGCCAAAGCCAAGGGAACAUGCUACUGCGAUUACUCCUUCCACCUCCUAGUCAGCAACCCCAGCGAGCAGGCCCUCGCAGAAUUCCCAGCUCUCCGCUCAGCAGGAAUUUCCUCCCUAAAAAUCUACAUGACCUACGAAGCCCUCGAACUCUCCGACAUCCAAAUUCUAGACGUCCUCCUCGAAGCCCGCAAACAAAAAAUCACAACCAUGAUCCACGCCGAAAACAACGACAUGAUCGUCUGGAUGACAAAACAACUCGAUGCCCGAAAGCUCUACGCACCAAAAUACCACGCCACAUCCCACCCCCCUCUCGCAGAAAUCGAAGCCACAUACCGAGCAAUCUGCCUCUCAGAAAUCAUCGACGUCCCCAUCCUCCUCGUCCACGUCUCAUCCCCUGCCUCAGCAGCACAUAUAAAAACCGCACAAGAUCGCGGUCUACCUCUCUACGCCGAAACAUGUCCUCAAUACGUCAUCCUCACCAAACACGACCUCGACAAACCCGGCUUCGAAGGCGCAAGAUGCGUCUGUUCGCCACCUCCGCGCGAAAGUGAAAUGGAUCACGAAGGCAUCUGGACCGGACUCCAAAACGGGACUUUCACAAUCUUAUCUUCCGAUCACUGUCCAUUCCUCUACGAGAGUUCCGAAACUGGGAAAAAGACUUGUAUCACUCCGGAGUUCCCGAAUGGACAUUUCAGAUAUAUCCCCAACGGGAUCCCGGGUGUUGAGACACGGCUUCCUCUCAUUUUAUCUUCGGGACGUUUGGAAGUUGAGAGAUUCGUGGAAUUGACGAGCACGAAUCCUGCGAAGCUUUAUGGGCUUUUUCCGAGGAAGGGAGUGAUUGAGGUGGGUAGUGAUGCUGAUGUUGUGGUUUGGUAUCCUGAGGGUGGGAUGCAGGCUUUUGAAUUGGGGAAUGAGCAUUUGCAUCAUGCUUGUGAUUAUACGCCGUAUGAGAGUAAGGUGAUUAAGCAGUGGCCUCGGUAUACGAUUUUGAGAGGGAAGGUUGUUUGGGAUAGGGAUGGGGAGGGUUUGGUUGGGGAGAAGGGAUAUGGGGAGUUUUUGAAACGGGGGCAGAGUUUUUUGAAGGGAAGUUUGAGUGAGGAGGAUUGGGAUAUUCGUGGAUUUUGA